AUAGUCUGCGCUUCUUUCUGGAUGAUCACUGCGCCACCUAAAGAGUUGUUAACUAUUUUUUAUUCUUUCUGUCUUCGACAACACGUAAACAUGGCUCCGCAAGUCGCUGCCAAGAAGCCAGCCAAGGCUAUUGUUGCGAAAAAGCAACAUCUUAGGGGAAAAAGCCAAAAGAAAAAGGUUUCCCUCAAGUUCACCAUCGACUGCACACACCCUGUUGAGGAUAACAUUAUGGAUGUUGCCAGUUUUGAAAAGUACCUCCAGGAAAAAAUAAAGGUCAACGGCAAGACGGGAAACUUUGGAAAUAAUGUGAACUUGGAGCGAAAUAAAAAUAAACUCUCUGUCAACAGCGACGUCGAUUUUUCCAAGCGGUAUCUCAAGUACCUCACGAAGAAGUACUUGAAAAAGAACAAACUUCGUGACUGGCUCCGUGUUGUCUCCAAAGACAAGGACACCUACGAAUUACGUUACUUCCAAAUCACGAGCCAGGAAGACGAUGACGAAGAUGACGCAGAGUAAAUUUUCCUCUAACUCUCUUUUAUCCAACACGUCUGACAUUUACUGUAUGUUUUUCAAUAUAAUAAAUGUUGAGAAUUUAAAUAAG